AUGGGCGCUGAAGAGGACCGUCGGUAUGUACGCGCUGUGAUGGGUGCCUCGAACCGGGUGACGAUCUCUGAAGCUCUGCAAUUCGGGCACAGCGUUUCAUGUCCUUCGGACCCACCUCUCUCACCUUCCGCUUCUCUCCGCCACCUUUGGCUUUGGCGUGCAGAGGACGGAAGGCAUAUUGGGGGUACUUCCGGCGAUGCUCCUCCAGAGCGAUCUUGGCUUUGGUGUGCCAGAUCUGACGCUCCUCGUGAGGGAGAUUAUGCCAGGAUGAAGGCAUUCGGAGGACGAGGAAUGUGGUUCUCCGGUUUUUUCUUCCCGUGUGCUUGUCGCCGACCGGUCGGAGAGUCGGGUGUAGGUGGAAAGAGCAUUGAUUCGGGAGGGGGAUCCACCGGUGAAGGAGGAUCGUUGAACGUCCCAGGCGUGACAUUCGGGGCGAAUGCAAUGUUCUGAGGCUUCGACGCGUCGAUCGAAGUCGUCCAGGUAGGAUCUACGUCUAAAGCGUGGCAAAUUGUCAGAGCACUUCGGGAGAGGAUCGACUGUUAUCUUACCCUCAGCUUUGCGCUUAGAGCCUCGGCGCGAGGACGAGGUGAAUUGAUGCAGGGGGAAGGAAGGGUAUCGCAAACAGGGCCGUAUGGGAGAUUACCAAACGAUUUAUACCAUGGUUUAUAG